UCAUGAUAUUAAAGCAAACUAGUUGGUCAGUCUAAGCAGAGUUGAACAAACCAAAGGAUGUCGGGCCAUAUUGCUCUAGGCUUGUGUUUUCUGGUGACAGCCUUGCUUUGUAUUCAGGCAGAUACAGAUGUUCUGUGUAAGUCUGGAACUAAGGACUAUACUGUUGAUCUACCCUCUAACACCACUUAUAAGUUUGGAACUGCGUACAGGAGGUACAAGGCCAGACAGAGGUGUACUGCAACAUACACGCUGACCACGUGUGAGCAGGCUUCAAUCAGCUGUUCAAGUUUUAGCACAAUUGGAUUUAGAGGAUGCACACGAGGGGACUAUCUUCUCAUUAAGGAUUCUAUGGGGAACAAACGGUUCUGUAACACAAAUAAACCCAUUGAAUAUAAACCAACUGGAGAUUUUUCAAUUCAAUUUGUUUCAGACGCGAAAAGAGCAAGCACUGGUUUAAAAUGCACUGUUACCUGUGAUUCACCUUCAGGUGAGUUAAAGCCUUCAUUCUCAUCCAAAUAAAAUGAGUCUUUGUCGCAAUCUUAAAUUUUCUAAUCCCUUUAUCUUUGCAACUUGAUGGUGUACAACUUUGAUAUUUCAAACUUAGAUUAUUUGAGCAAACAUACUUCAUAUUGGGUUGCAAAGAUAUAGGAAAUAGAUUAGAAUUUUUGUCAAAGUCUCAAAUCCAUUAUUAUUUGUUUUAUAUUUUUCAUUCAUCGAAUCAUCCAAUUUCUAUCAUUCAUAUUUCAUCACAAAACUGCACAAGUACACAUGACAAGUAAAAAAAUGUAAAAUGGCCGCCCUCGAAUCAGCUGACUCCACCAACUUGUUGGGAGAGUAGAGAACAAAUCAAAUAGAAAAGAGGUCUGCGAAGCUACAAUUCUGCAGAUUAACCAAAUAUGGACUCCAGUUGCAGGAAGAAGAGUCAUGAGUGAUUUAUGGCAACUCUCUUUAGAACUUUUUCAUAUCUCGGUACAGAGUUCUCCACCAUUCAUAAGAUGUUGUUGGUUGUAUAAAAAUGUUAUCUAAAGCUACAAACUUAAUAAAUUUAAAGUAGACUUA